AUGGAUUAUCCUGCUCCUGGAUAUGCUAUAGCCGGAUCAGCAAAAAGGUCCUAUACUAAGAUCGUUAUUAUAGUUGUUGUCAUUGCUGUUGUUGGUGUGUUACUCCUCAGUGCCAUAGGAAUUGCACUUGGUGUCGGUCUUGGGGUUGGUUUAUCGAGAAAAAGCAGUAGUAAUGGGGGUACUGCUACGACUACAACUUACUCGAUCCUAUCAGCACCUACAGUAACCUGUGCUUAUGGUGGUUCAGGAACAUGUGGGUGUGCUUCAACAACACCAUCGUUUCUAACGCCAAGAAUAAUCCAAGGAUAUAUAGCAACAGCUUACUCAUGGCCAUGGAUCGUAGCGAUUUACUUGAAUGAUGGUAACAUAUUCUGUGGAGGAUUUCUUGUAACUUAUCAACAUGUUAUAACAGCUGCUCAUUGUGUAGCGAGUACAACAGCAAGUGGAACAACAGUCUAUGCUGGCAUACAAACACUUUCUUCAAGAUCUAGUAGUCAAUCUCGAAUUGUGGCGAAUUUUACAAGUCAUCCCAGUUAUUCAACAUCAGGCUAUAUAAAUGACAUAGCUAUACUGACACUUGAAUCGCCAUUUAAUCAAACAUCAACAGUCGGUAAAUGUUGUUUAACCUAUGACACGUCGUUGCCGAGUAUUGGUGAACAUGCCGUUAUUGCCGGCUGGGGAGUAACAUCAUCAUCUAGUACGACUAUAUCGGAUAAUUUACUUCAAGGUGUUAUUCAAGUUCAAGGUAGUUCAGCAUCAUGCACUCCACAAAGUAGCAUUCAAGUUUGUGCUGGCUAUGAUGGUACCGAUGCAUGCUAUGGUGAUAGUGGUGGUCCAUUGAUGACUAGUGUUAAUAAUUUAUGGACAUGUACUGGAAUAGUUAGUUCCGGAAAAGGUUGUGGUCAAAGUAGUUUGUAUACUCGAGUGUCAGCGUUUCAAUCAUUCAUACAAGGUAUCAUAGGUACUUGA